AACACAACACUGCACAACCUUGCAUUUCAUGAAUUUAUAUUUACACUAAAUUUAGGACGGAAAAUAUUUUUCUUUGGAGUCGAUAAAACGAACACUUUAAACUAAACGAACACUUUAGACUAUUUUGUUGUCAGUUACACUAUGUAUGCUGCUAGUGUAACCGUAUUUUUUUCGCGAGUCUUAUUUUUUCCAUUACAAUACUGGAUUAUUUUUUGAAGUCGAUUAAAUUGAUUUGAUACAAUCCAAGCCAUGUCUGGAAUUCAGCAUGCAUCCAAUCAAAGCAUCAAGCCUUUUAAAUCCGGCGAGGAAUAUCUCUAUGCCAUGAAAGAGGACCUGGCAGAAUGGCUGGGAGAUUUAUACAACAUAGACAUUGACGUAAAUAAUAUUUUGGAGAUGUUAGAGACAGGUGCGCUUCUGUGUGCUCACGCUAAUAACGUGACACGAGUGGCGGAUGACUUUCUGAAGAAGAGCCGACCCACUGAGAUCCAACUGCCCGCUUCUGGAGUCACUUUCAUCAGCUCUGCACAUCCAACAACAUUCCUGGCCCGGGAUAAUGUAACGAAUUUUAUCAACUGGUGUCGAAAAGAGAUGAGCAUUCCAGAUGUACUGAUGUUCGAGACAGACGACCUUGUCCUGCGUAAGAAUGAGAAGAAUUUUGUGCUGUGCCUUCUCGAGGUGGCCAGACGGGCCUCUCGUUUCGGCAUGGCUUCACCAGUCCUCAUUCAGCUGGAGCAGGAGAUAGAGGAGGAGAUUCGCGAAGAGAUGGAGGACUUGCCUGCUCAGCCCAAACCACAGAGACGCUUGAUAAACAUCCAGAACCUGGAUGAGAUGGUGCUGCAUCAAUUAUUAAAUUCACGUUUACUGAUGUGCCGAGGCCAUUCGAUUUUAAUUAAGAAUUGAAUCCAAAUGAAGAUAUUUUUGCAUAAAAUAAUUUGAUACCAUCAUAAUUGUGGAUUUUAAAAGACCUAAUUUGGUUCCUUGCAGUCUUUGAAUGAUCCCUUUAGGUGAAUCUCAC